CUCACCGGAGAGAUAAGGUACUCCGAGAUAGUCAGGCGUAAGAGACUGACCAUGCUGGUGUUCAUCCUGUGUCUUGUUUCUGCCGUUGGGGGACAGACGGACCCUCCUCCGAAAACAUGCUGCAUAUCUCGUCAGUUCGAGGCCAAGUUGGGGGAGACUGGCGGAGCCAUCUAUACGUCCUAUGGUGUGGAGGUGCCAGCACUACUUGACUCUGACAACGUCAUGCACUACGACUACUACAACCGAACCAUUGUGAUGGAAGUGAACACCCACAACCCCGACAAUACCACCACCUACACCAGGAUCAUUCAGGAUUACAACACGGGUAUACAACAUGUGUUCGGAUCAGGAAUGUGCACAACGUCAACGAUUCGCCGUGGGUUCAGGGAGCCCUGUAUUCCAGAUAACGCCACCUUCGUGGGAAGCAGCUACAUCGGCUACGGCGUGAACAAGAUCACCUUCAACAACUGGCAGUUCCAAGAGCCGGACACCAGCAACGACCUCAGGCUGGUUGUAACAUCGGUGGGGUGUGUCCCAGUAUUGGAGGCCGUCUUUGGAAUCGUCAACAAUGCCCCAUCCGAGCUUGUGUUCGUCUUCAAUAAUUUCUCGCCAGGCAUCAGAACACCGGACCUGUUUGUUUUGCCUUCCCUGUGUACCGGGGCCGCCGACACUGUCAGAAAUGAGGACCAUCCACCUCACAUUCAACGUGCUAUCAUGGCUAUGGACGGCUGGGUAUCUUAAUGUGUGAAAAUAAAACAUUUACCUCUA